UCCACUUGCGCCUUGUUGUGCUUUCUACUUAGAGGGAAUGGCUGCAGCCGGGGUUCCGGGAUGAGCCAACUUGACAGCUCACUGGAUUCGAUAUCGGCGACGGAUAGUUUAACGGUUGUUAACUCCAUGCUGGUUUCUGAUUUUGACGUGGAAGCUCUCCAGUCUGAGGAGUCUGCGGAGCUCAGCUCUGUCUCCGUUAACAGCGAGCCGGGGGGUGUGACUUCUAUGUCAGCGUCUUUUAUAGACAGUGUGCCGAUGACAUUGUCGCUUCAGCAAGUUGAUGGACAGCACAGAAUUGUGUGUGUUGCUGCGGAUGGCAGUGGAAGUACAGUAUCGUAUGUUGGUCAGGUCAACACUAAUAUGAACUUAGAGCUGCAAGAGCAAGUAACUACACCUUCACUACAGUCUGGGUAUCCUGUGCAAAACCUGCAUCCUGAAACUCAAUUGAUUCCCAUCCACUCCUUAAACUCAAGUAUUCAGGUGGUACAAAAUAUGCAGAAUGAAGAGCUCGGCACUAAUACAUCAUUGGCAGCUGAAACAAAGUCUGUUUCUCAGAAGAGGAAAGGUGGCUGGCCAAAAGGCAAGAAAAGGAAACCUACCAAGGAGUUUUCAGCUCCCCGUGCUCCAACAACAGGCUAUGCAAUCUUUGUCAAUGAGAAGAAAUUGCAGCUGAAGGAGGAGCAUCCUGAUAUACCAUUUACUGAAAUCACCAAAAUGUUGGGAACUCAAUGGUCCCAGUUAACACAAGAAGAAAAGCAGAAGUAUAACAACAUUGCUGAGAAAGAUAAGGAGCGGUACAUAGAGGAAUUAAAAAUGUAUCAAAACUCUGAAGCUUACAAGUCAUUUUUAAAAAGAAAAGCACUCAACAAAGUGAAAUAUCUUUGUGGUGUUGAAACAGUAGAGAUGGAUUUUGAAAAUGAGGUGACAGCUUUAACACAGAUAAAUGGCGAUGAAAACAGUGACUUAUACUGCAGGACAUGCUGCCAGUACUUCAGUUCCCUACAUAAUAAAAGGGAACAUCUCUUAGGAAAGCAGCACUUGCAGAAAAUGACAGAAGAAUUUGAAAAAGAGACUGCAGCCCACUCCAAAGAUCAUCAGGUUGAGGAGGUGGAAUAUUUGGAAGCAUGUGAUGAAGAUUUGGAUAUGACUCAGCUGUGUAACUUUCUCUCAAAACACAGUUGUGCUUCAUUAGACCUCUGUUUCAUUCAAGAAUUAAUUGUUAAACAAAUGAAAGUAAGAGAGUUUGAAUUUGGUGAAUUAAAUACUAGCCUGGAAAUGUCAAAGCAGAAACAUGAAAAAUUAAAAACUGAACUGGAAAAUUUACAGCAACAAAAGUUAAACCUUGAAACUGAUCUGGGAAGACUUAAGGUCUUUGGGCAGUCCCUGGAGGCAAAGCUUGAUAACUUAAAGAGAGUUCCUAUGUUGCUCCAGUUCCAAAUUCAUAUAGUUGACACUGAAGGAAGUGGAUUUCUGCAGAAAUGAAGGUUGACAUCGAAUUCUUAAUUAAAAUGAAUAUGAAUGAAGAUUUACUGUAGAAGUACUGAAGAAUUGGGUUUUACAGUACAUGAAGCAUGAAUACAGCUACAAAGGACAAAAGGACUAGGGGAAACUGUAAACAAUGCUGCUUGCAUCCAUGUUAGAAAUUAUGAAGAUAGCUCUUUUCAAUAAUACAAAUCUGUUUAUAUUUUUUUUUAGUAUUUAGGAUAUUCUAAAAUUAUGUUUACUUUGUCAGUUUCACUGGUCAGAAGGAAAGUGAGUCAUAUUCCAGUCCCGUAUUAUAUUUAGUCAUGCUAGUACACACACGUUGGUCCCAAAAUGCACUUGUCACAAUUAUGCUUUUACUGCCUUUAUAACUUAUUAUUCAUUGAGCUAAAUGGCUUAAAACAUCAGAGGAUGCUUUAGGAAAUGCUGGAGUAAUUUUUUACUGAAUGGAAUUGAUGAAAAUUAAUAUACAGUUUUUAACUAGGUAAACAACACUAUUAGUAGCAUGCUGAGGGAUCUGUUUCCUUUCAGCGGCAAGCUUUUUUUUGUGUUACAAAAUAGAAAUGUAAAAACUUUGUAUAAUUUAUUCAAAUAUAACAGUAUUAAAUUAUUUUAUUCUUUUACUCACUAAAUGCAAAUGCAUUAGUUAGCUUUACCAAUAAAGUAUUUGUUUCAAACAGAGUUAUGUUAAUAGUCAUUUAAUCCAAAUUAGUAACCUUAUUAAUCUAAUUUGGGUUGGCGUUCCAUGUAUGGAAUGUGUCUGACUCUUCACUCUUUAACUUCACACUGUUAAACUGAUUUUGUAAAAUAAAUUGAAUAAAUCCUUUUUCAAGCAUAUCAAUACCAAUACAUAUUUUUAAGUUCUACAGUCAUACUUGUUUAUUUUCUGUCUGCCUCUCUUGAUGAUAUAUAUAGCUGUGACAGGGUUGGCAGAUCAUCGCAGACAUUUUGUCUCCAUCAGCUCUAUUUAAUUUAUCCCAAACUGUUAGAGAAAUACAGUCUGCUUAAUAUUGUAAAUUUUCUCCCAAGAAGCUAUGCCAGGCAUACCUCUCACAAGCAGUGCUCAGGAGCAACCUUUUUUCUUUCCUCUCAGUCUGGAAUAACAGCAAUUCAGUUCAUGACUGCACUGCAAAAAAACGUAUAUAUAUCUUAUGCAGUAUAUGAGAUAUAUAAAAUAUAAUAUGUCUAAUUUGAGAUGUCAUGUUUUAAUUUGCUACCCAAAGCAGGUAACAAUGUACUUUUACUUGGAAAACCAAGAUCUUUGUUCCAUCUUCGCUGUUUAUGCAAUGCCUACAUUUCUGCUGCUCUUGUACAAAUCAGUUUCUCAGUCUUAUGGCUGCCUGCACUCUAACUUGUUAAUAUGAUUCCAAAGUAUUUAAAUUGUUCCACUGUUCCUUCACCUGUAGAGAGCAAACAAAUCUUUUUCAGGAAUGAAUUAUGAGUUUAAAUUUGGAAGUGCCAGUUCUCAUGUUGAUUAUGGCAAACUUGUUGUGGUGUGCUUAAAAGUUCAUUCACAUAAUGCCAAGGAGACAACACUCAUGUUCUGAAUGACACACUAUAUACUUCCCAAUCCUUACUUGCCUUCUAAAAUACUGCCCAUUUAAAAUAAACAUAUAAGAGGAAAAAAGAUAUGCUCUUGGUUGAAUACUGCACCUCUUAAAUGGAUUUGAGCGAAAGCAGACACAGUUCACAUAAUUCAGAUACAAGCACUGACUGACAUGCACCAAUGAUCUGAAGACCGUAAACCCUUUCAGCACCUUCUCCUGGAUGGCAUGGGUGACACAGGCAUUUUUAGUGUUAAUUUCAACCUCCUACAAAUAGGCUUUCCCAAGGAGGUUGAGCAACAUGACCCUCUAAUAACUGACAGACAUCCUGUUGUCCUCUUCUUCAAAAAAGAGGAACCACCAGUUCAGUCUUAAGAUACCCUGUAUAUUUUCAAUUUCUGACAGUGUGCUACUCAAGAUACCCUCACACUGUCCUGUCCUUUCAGCAUUUCAUGUCAGAACAUAUCCAUUCUUGCCAUUACUGAGUUUGAGACAUCAGCCAAAUUCUCUUGCCAUUGCAUUUAUAGAGCUUCACUCCUUCACCUGGUUUAAAAGUUCAUCAAAGUAUUUCUUCAACAGUUAAGGUCAAUGUUCCCCUACUCCCUCAAUACUUCGUUCACACUCACUGCCCGAAAAUAUUCCCAAGAUGCAGCACAUCUUCCAUAACUAAGAGGGUACCUAAUUUCAAAUUAAAGCAUUCUUUAGUUGUUCCAUGAUAACCUUGAUACUCAGUUUGUUUUCUAGUACUUCACAGAUGACACUCCAGCUUUCCAACCCAGGUCACCACCAGUUUCUGAUUAGUUGGCGUCUUAGCACCUCUUUUGGAGUAUCCAAAAACAGAUCGUUUAUAUUAGUCCUAAAAUACUGUGGUAGCAAAUUAUUGUAACAAGCUGUACAGCUUUGAGUACCUUCUUUUUUGUACAAGGUGUUUCUUAUGGACUCAAUUCAAGCAAAUCCAGUUAAAUUUAACCACUCAUACUCAGAUUAGGCUAGUGUUUAGUUGGAUUAUGCACAUGCAUCCUCAGUACAACUCUAAAAAUCACUGUGAAGCCACUAUUUUAUCCACGCCACGGCCCAUAAUUUUCAGCCUUGCACAUCACAUGAGUCAAUUUUAGUCACGAUAUUUUCAGUUCAAGACUGUUGACCAACUUCAUUGUGCAAGCGGUGAGCAAUUCAGUGCAGCUUGGUGCUAAACCUGUGUGUGCUAUGUGGGUUAGCUAGUAACCAGGUGCUCCACAGCAAGUGCCUGCUGUUCUGGUGAAGUCUCUUAUGUUCUUCAUGGUGUCACUGUUUGUUUGGCACUGCCCAUUAGUCUAGCUUACAAAAAUCCACUUUAUUCAGAACUGGAUGUGUUCAAAUAUGAUUUAUAUGUAACAAGUCAGUAAUGGUGUGAACUUUUAUUUAGUUUACAAAUUAACAUGGUUUAAUUAAAGGUUACUCUAACACUGUAUGUGAUACUAUUCGAAAUUAGGAAUUGUUUUAACCUACUGUAUGUUUUUUCACAAUUUUGUAUUUUAAAAUAUGUUCAUAAUUCAUAACAGUCAUUGUGAGGACAAUCAAACAAAGUUAAAUUUAUUUUUAUUGUGCAUUUAGCAUUCCUAAUCUUGAUACAAAUUAAAUUUAACAGAGAAAAACAUGAAAAUCGGUAUUUAACACCUCUAAUUAAUAAAGUAUUGAUUAUAUAAGUGCAGGAUUUAUGUUGGUGAAAUGUUUUAUAUUUGAAUUGGUUAAAAAUUAGGUAAAAGCCGGUGAAAUAUUUCAAGUUUGUUGACAGAAAAAAAACAUUCAAAAUCCACCACCUUUACAAUUGAUGUUUUUAUUAUUUUACUAUCUUGUUAAUAGUGAAGUUAAACCUUGAGAUAGUUGUAAACAUUUGAUUACAGUGUACACUUUGCCCCUAAUUUUGAUUGUAAUAAAGUAGGAGAUAUAGUUUAGACUCUUCUGCUUCUGUAUUUUAAUUAUUCCACCCACACAUAUGCAUAUAAUUGAUCUAUACCAUCGAUGCAAAAUUUUAAAUGUUUUUUGUAAUUUAUUUUAAAUUACAGUAAAUGGAAAAAUAAUUAUGCUGUUAACAAGCCUAACUUCUUUAUUAGCUAAAUUGUAAUUCUUUUUUGUAUCUAAUUUCUGAACUGUAAAAAGUUGCCAGCUUCAAUUCUGUAUAGUUGGUAAUGGCUACUUUAGUACAUUUGUCGUUGGACACUAUUUAAAGCUCAAAUUGAAUGAAGCAUUAUAAAUAAUAUCAUCAGUUUAAACUUUUUCCCAAGCUACAAUGAGUGAUUGUUGUUACUACAUGAUAACUAUUAUACUGAACGUGAAAUUAGCAUUUAGCUUCAGACUAAAGAGACAAAACACCUGGUAUAUUUAAUAUUAAGAAAAUUAAAAAUAUUUCAAAAUGUUAAUAGGUAAAAUUAUUUGUUAUUUCUGUCAUUUAUUUAUGUACGAUGUCUCACAUGAAAGAUUAAACGUUUCAACCUGAAUUGUUAAAGAAUACUUUCUUGUUGAAGAAUUUAGACACCCUGUUCUCCUUUUGCUAAUUUCUGUUCACUUUCCUAACCAAGCAAUUUUUUUUGUUCGUCUAGCCAUUAUGGAGUAGAUGCUAAAACUUUAGUUUGAUAUAAUGUGCUACAUUUUUAUGUAAGUUGUGAUUUCAUAUAACCAGGUGUAUUGUACAGUCAGGCAAAAAAAAAAACAUCUUUUAAACUUUUAUACUAAACAGAAGCAAGUUCAUAUUGCUUCCCUGUACGUUAUUAAGCACUGAAAUUAAAACCUGUAUCAAUGAUUUCUCCUGUUUACUGUUCUCCUGAACCCAGUUUGGCACUUUAUAACUUAUUUACAUUGUGUGUUUGUUGAUUUCGUGAAUUAUCCAAUUUCUACUGUUUGUAGUUGUUCUUUUAUGCACUCUUAAUCAUUACUGUGAAGGAUAUGAAUGUGCAAGUUGAAAUAAUAAAAGCUGCAAUAAAAACAGAUUCUGUUCA